CUUUUACUCUACGAGAAACGGGUAUAAAAAUCGAUUUCUGGACCACAGUUCACUGCGAGUAUUCUUACUCGAACCAAUUCCCCCAAAAAUUAAAGGGAAAGAGGGAUACUUGGCCGCCGUAUGCGAACACAAUGCCCGAGAACCGGCGAUACGGUCUGGUGAUAACAAACCAGAGUUCGGACGCGGACGGUGUGGACACCGUUGCCCUAAUUGUGAACGCCAACCGACGCCGAUGCAAUGCCGCGCUGUUCUUCUUACUUAUGACGGGGAUUUCAUCUGGCGCUGCUGUUUGCCACCAUAGGCUUCAUACCUCAACCUUAGCUAACAUGACGUUCGACUCCAGCAUGCUAGUGGUCUGCGAGGAUGAGGAAACCGCCCAAUGGGUCAUGUCAGCCGUCCAUGGUAUGUGCCCGCCGCACUCCUGCCAGCCCUUAAUCGAGUUCUUCGGCCUCCUGAGGACGUGAGGAGUCGCAGAACCCGGGCCUAAACACCGACAAGUGGGCCGUGGUCAAUCGCUCCACCCUAGACUGCAAUGAUGUGGAGCGGCAGGUCCCUCAGUUCUACGACAACAUCGUGAUAGAGCUGUAUGUCAAUGAGGAAAGUAGGGAAUUCAUCGCCGAACGAUGCUUUACACUACGUUACUGCUUCUGGCAACUUCGAUUCAGUAAAAUUUUUAACUUUUAAACUUUUUAACAAUCGCCGAGCCUAAUAAAAAUAUUACAUAAAUAACUGCCGACGAAAUUCAUCACACCAAAAA